GAGUACUUCAAUCGAGAGAUUAAGAUUCGUCGUGUAACGCCAUUGUGUAAAAAUAGCACAGAUCUUGUUGUCUCUGCCUUUAUUGACCUUUGAUUUUAAUUUUUCAUGACUAGACACGACUCAAUUUUUGAACGGUUUAGCCUAGUUAUGAAAUCUGCUUAUAUGAUCGUGGUCCAGACCACAGUUUUUUUUAUAUGAUUCUGACCCAUAUUGUACCUCAUCGGCGGUAUAGUAUAUGCUGAGAUAUGUAAUAAACGGUUAAUGGUGAUCUAGCUUUUAUCUUAUUGAUAUGGAGGAAGUAUUUGUUGAGAAAUCUGUAAAAAUAUAGAUAUACAUAUAAACAAAUAAAUUAAAGUUGAAUAUAUGUAUAUUAAUGAUAUAAAGAUAUUUUCACAGUUAAAUGUAGUAAAUUAUAACAGAAUACUUUGAUAAUACAAUGAAGUAUAACAAGAUCAGAUUGCCUCCAUUAAGCAGAAAUUAUAGACGAGGUUUUCUUCAAUUAUUAAGAAAUCUUUCAUCAAACAAUCAUCAAUAUAAAUUUGAUGUCAUUGUUAUUGGUGGUGGUCAUGCUGGAACAGAAGCUUGUGCAGCAGCUGCUAGGAUGGGUGCAAAAACAUUAUUAGUUACUCAUAAGAAAAGCACAAUAGGAGAAAUGUCAUGUAAUCCAUCCUUUGGUGGAGUUGGAAAAGGAAACCUUAUGAGAGAAAUAGAUGCUUUAGAUGGUGUUUGUUGCCGUAUCUGUGAUAUCUCUGGAAUUAAUUAUAGAAUCCUAAAUAGUUCUAAAGGGCCAGCUGUAUGGGGAUAUAGAGCUCAAAUUGAUCGUGUCUUAUAUAAGAAGCACAUACAGAAGGAGCUUUUCAAUACGCCUGGUUUACAAAUAUAUGAAUCCUCUGUGGAAGAUUUAAUUGUACAUGGAGAUUCUCCAAGUUGUCAUGGAAUAAUUCUUAGGGAUGGGACAAAAAUAUACAGUGAUACAGUCGUCAUAACAACAGGUACUUUUCUAAAAGGUCAAAUUAAUAUUGGGUUAGAAAAAAGACCUGCUGGUAGAUUCGGUGAUGAACCCAGCAUUGGAUUAGCUAACACGUUAGAAACAAUUGGAUUUAGAAUGGGAAGAUUAAAAACUGGUACACCACCGCGGUUAGAAAAAUCUACUAUCGAUUUUUCCAAAUGUGAUGUACGUAAACCAGACGAAGUAUCAAUGCCAUUUUCAUUCAUGAAUAAUACUGUCUGGUUACCCGUAGAACAACAAAUAAAUUGUUAUCUAACACAUACAAACGAAGCUGUCUCAAAAAUUGUAAAAGACAACAUGCAUUGUAAUUUACACGUUACAGAGGAGAUAACAGGACCACGGUAUUGUCCAAGUAUAGAAAGCAAAGUUCUUAAGUUUAAUACACAUGAACACCAAAUUUGGCUGGAACCUGAAGGUUUAGAUUCACCCAUAAUGUAUCCCUCAGGAUUAUCAUGUACACUUCCAGCAGAGAAACAAGAAGAACUUAUUAAAUGUAUUCCAGGAUUAGAAAAUGUGAAAAUGGUGAGACCAGGUUAUGGAGUUGAGUAUGAUUAUAUUGACCCAAAAGAAUUACAUGUUACGUUAGAGACCAAAAGGAUUCCAGGGCUAUUUCUUGCUGGGCAAAUAAAUGGUACAACUGGUUACGAAGAAGCAGCUGCACAAGGAAUUAUAGCAGGUGUUAAUGCUGCGGCCAAGGUUCUUAAUAAAAAGCCAUUGAUAAUAAGUCGAACAGAAGGUUAUAUCGGUGUACUCAUUGAUGAUCUUACUACACUUGGUACAAAUGAACCAUAUAGAAUGUUCACCAGUCGUGCAGAAUUUCGAUUAAGUCUACGACCAGAUAAUGCAGAUCAAAGGCUUACCAAAAAGGGGUAUGAAAGUGGUUGCGUAUCAGAGGAAAGAAUGAUAAAAACAGAAGAAAUUUUAUCCAGACUAACAGAAAAUAUAGAGUUGUUUAAAAAUGAAAUUCAUCGCAAUGCAAAGUGGUGUCAAUUACUGGGUGUUCCAGUUUCUAAGAAUUCUAAUUUAAGAUCUGGUUUUGAUAUGAUGCAGUGUUAUGACGUUGAUAAAUUUAUCAAAGCACUUCCUGAUCGCUUUGGACAUCUCGCAGAUGAUCCGAUUAUUUCAAGAAGAUUAAAGAUAGAAGCAUUGUAUGCAGAUUCCUUAAAGAAAAUGGAGAAAGAAAUCAGUGAAAUUCGCAAAAACGAACAGAUGCUUAUCCCGCCAUCCAUAGACUAUAGCUCACCUCAGUUAAGUUUAUCUCUGGAGGAAAGAGAAAAACUCUCUGAGUUUCAACCAUAUACAAUCGCUGCAGCCAGUCGUAUUCAAGGAGUCACUCCACCUGCUAUUUUUCGUUUAAUAAAUUAUAUACGGAGAAAUAUACAGAAAAAUGUACAGAAUAGAGCUAGGAAGUCAACUUUAAUAACAAAUCAACUUUGAUAGCAAAUCAACUAAAAUAAAUAGCCGAUCAAAUCAUAUACUUUA